AUGGCUUUUCAACCCACCCCGGCGGAUAUCUCCGUCGCCAUUACCACCCCCACGGCAAGCUCCAGUGCCGAGCCACGCUUGUUAACAGAGCGUCGCAUUACUCCAACAUGGACUGUCAUGCAGCUCAAAGGCAAACUUGAAACCAUGACCGGCGUGCCUCCCAGCAAUCAACGACUGCUACUCAAGUCCCCAGGUCGCCCCGAUCAAUGGGUUGAAGGCGAUAACACCAUCAUCGGCGAUUGGGGUCUGAUGAAAGGCUGCGAGAUCGAGGUGCAUGACUCUCGUCCUCAAUCGGUCCGGCCCAACUUCAGCGACCUAUCGUCCGUUGAAAAAUAUGUUCUUCCCACGUCCACUUACGAAUCGCUCUCGAACUCGGUUUUGGCCUGGAAGAAGAACCAGAAACUUGGCCGGUUCGAUCCAAAUGCUCUAACGCCAGAGGAGUCUCUGCGCCAACAAUCAGUGAAAGAUGCCGCCGAGAUCCAACAACGGGGUAUUGCCGUUACUCAACGUGCCAUUGUCUUGCCAUCGUCCCCGCCCCAUAUUCGCCGAGGCACUGUUCGCUUUAUUGGACCCGUGCCUACAAUUCCUCAUCCUGGCGUGGACCCUAAAAUUGCGCAACUGGAUGCUGGGGCUCUUCCUCUAUGGGUUGGAAUUGAGCUCGAUGAGCCGUUAGGGAAGAACGAUGGCAGUGUAGGCGGCCAGAGAUUCUUCACAUGUCCGAAUAAGACGGGUGUCUUCGUGAAACCCGAGAAAGUCGAGGUGGGAGAUUUCCCGCCGCUUGAAUUCGAUGACUUCGAUGAUGAGUUGAUGGAGGAGAUAUGA